AUGUGGCUUAUAAGUGGGCCAUUUGAUGGGGAGCAAGGCGACGUGACCACAAGGAAGACGAAGCUCCUGAAAACCGGCAAGAAGUACUCUCUUGGACGAAAGGAACAGCCGCUCGUUAUAAACAACAAGAAGAUAUCUCGUGAACAUGUGAAGUUUACUGUAGGAACAUAUCUACAGGAGAAUAUGGACGACGUGUCAUUCAUCCCAAAAUUGAACGUUUUCAAUGCAAAGAAAACGAUAUUGAAUAUUAUUCGCGACACUGAGACUAUUGUCGUAAAUCCUACCGAGAGCUACGAGCUACAGGACGGUGAUGCUGUACAUGUUUUAGGAGGACUACCCGGUCACAUGUUUUCAAGCUCCAGCUCGGGGAAAGGCUUCUGUUUCUGUAGAUGCCGCUGCCGCAGUUGGGAUUGGUCUUCUGAAUACACCUAA